CACAGUGAACCUGCAGGAGGACUCACAUGGUCCUGCAGCAGCGGAGGAAACAACCGGGAAUCCCUGAGACCAAAACAAACACAAACCCGCGGCGGAACCCAGCGGGGUUUGUUGUUGUUGUUGUUUAUUCUCAUCAUUUUAUUUUAUUCUAAGCCUUAUUUGUCCCCGUGUCGGUCGGCUCGGUAACAGCGCCAUGGCUCGGGAGAACGGAGACACCGGCAGAGGAGGGACGUGGAAAAAACAAGUCGACGACAUCAAGAAAAUAUUUGACUUCAAAGAAAUCCUCGGGACUGGGGCGUUCUCCGAGGUGGUGCUGGCGCAGGAGAAGCUGACCGGCCGGAUGUUCGCCGUCAAGUGCAUCCCCAAGAAAGCUCUGAAGGGCAAGGAGAGCAGCAUCGAGAACGAGAUCGCCGUGCUGAGGAAGAUCAAGCAUGAAAACAUCGUGGCGCUGGAGGACAUCUACGAGAGUCCCAACCACCUCUACCUGAUCAUGCAGCUGGUGUCGGGCGGCGAGCUGUUCGACCGCAUCGUGGAGAAAGGCUUCUACACGGAGAAGGACGCGAGCACGCUGAUCCGCCAGGUGCUGGACGCCGUCAACUACCUGCACAAGAUGGGCAUCGUGCACCGAGACCUGAAGCCGGAGAACCUGCUCUACUUUAAUCCUCAGGAUGAGUCAAAGAUCAUGAUCAGUGACUUCGGUUUGUCCAAGAUGGAGGGCAGCGGCGACGUCAUGUCCACCGCCUGCGGCACGCCGGGAUACGUGGCUCCAGAGGUGUUGGCCCAGAAGCCGUACAGCAAGGCCGUCGACUGCUGGUCCAUCGGCGUCAUCGCCUACAUCCUGCUGUGUGGUUAUCCUCCAUUCUACGAUGAAAACGACUCCAAGCUGUUCGAGCAGAUUCUGAAAGCCGACUACGAGUUCGACGCUCCGUACUGGGACGACAUCUCCGACUCCGCCAAGGAUUUCAUCAGCAGUCUGAUGGAGAAAGAUCCAGCAAAGCGUUACACCUGCGAACAGGCCCUCAGACACCCCUGGAUUGCCGGCGACACAGCUCUCUGCAAGAACAUCCACGAGUCAGUGAGCCGGCAGAUCAGGAAGAACUUCGCCAAGAGCAAAUGGAGGCAAGCGUUCAAUGCGACCGCCGUGGUGCGGCACAUGCGGCGGCUGCAGCUCGGCAGCAGCAUGGGCAGCAGCAUGGACGCCGCCAACCCGCCGGCCAGGAUGAGCCCGGCCUCCAAACCGGCCCAGACGGCGGCCCAGGGCCAGAGCUUGACCAGCAGCCAGAGCCCGGCGGGCCCGGAGCAGAACAGCAGCCAGGCGGCUCCGAGCCAAAACGCCAACGCGGCCGCCAGCAAGACGCCCUCCAUAGACGGCAGCAACGCAACUCCACGCAAGGAAUGUGUCACCGCCCCGGCCACGCCCUGCAGUCUGGCCUCCGCAGCCGCCUCGCCCGCGACGGGGGCGGAGCUCAGCAGGCCACACCCCUCGGCGGUGCCCGCCCCGGUGCUGACGGGGACCAAGUGACGCCAGGUCCCGCGGGGAACCAGCUGGGAGGCCACGGCGCUGUGAGCGAAGCGGGGGAGCAGACGGAGGACGACAGAAGAGGAAGAGGAUUCCUUCCUCCUCGUCCUUCCUUCCCGCUCG